UGUGACCACGGCUACAGACCAACUUCUGUCAACUCGAAUUAUUAAUAAUUAACGGUUUUUGGACCAGUUGCUCGACUGUGAGGACAACAAACAUCUCUUAACAAUUAACCAACCAAUUACAGUCCUGUGAACAUUUCGUCGGUGCGUUUGUUUCCCUUAUGUCCCGAAAAUCGAGCGACAAUGACUAUAAUCUUCGUAGUAUGAGCAACCUGAUGGGUGAGAGGAGGAAGAAAGUGAACGAUGACGGAGAGCGGAGCCUCAUCAAAGCUUCGUCCAACGCGAGCAUCAACAGCCAGGCUGCCGAUGUCCCUGCCAAUGCCACUGCCGCCACCUCCACCCGGGACCUGGAGAGAGAGGCGCGUAAACAGUUCCAGCAAGAUGUCACACCUGUGUUUGUUUAUGUUCUAGCUGCGUUCUCCGCGCUGGGUGGCUUUCUGUUCGGCUAUGACACCGGGGUAAUCUCGGGAGCGAUGCUCCUGCUCAAGAGGGAGAUGAAUCUCAGCGCCCUAUGGCAGGAGGUUCUGAUCUCUAGUACUGUGGCUACCGCCGCGCUGUCCGCGUUGGCUGGCGGGUUGUUGAACGGAGUUUUCGGGCGCAGGGUCUGCAUCCUCCUGGCUAGUUUUAUCUUCACAGCUGGGGGAAUAGUGCUUAGCGCAGCUCCUGAUAAGGAGGUUCUACUGGUCGGACGUCUCAUUGUCGGGCUUGGACUUGGUAUUGCGUCCAUGACGGUGCCAGUGUACAUAGCCGAGACGUCCCCCCCCCACCUGAGAGGCCAGCUGGUGACAGUAAACACACUGUUUAUCACAGGAGGCCAGUUCACUGCCAGCAUCAUAGACGGGGCCUUCAGCUACCUACGCCAUGAUGGAUGGAGGUAUAUGUUGGGUCUGUCGAUGGUCCCUGCGGUGCUUCAGUUCGUGGGGUUUCUGUUCCUGCCAGAGAGCCCCCGCUGGCUGAUCCAGAAAGGCCUUACCCAGAAGGCCCGGCGCGUGCUCAGCCAGAUUAGAGGCAAUCAGAACAUAGACGAGGAGUACGACAGCAUCAAGAACAGCAUCGAGGAGGAGGAGAAAGACUGCGGAGGAGAUGGCCCGGUGAUCUGGAGGAUGCUGACCUACCCCCCCACUCGGAGAGCACUCCUGGUGGGAUGUGGACUGCAGAUGUUCCAACAGCUCUCUGGGAUCAACACUGUCAUGUACUACGGCGCCACCAUCCUGCAGAUGUCGGGAGUGCGGGAUGACAAGGUGGCCAUCUGGUUGGCUGGGGUCACAGCCUUCACCAACUUUCUGUUCACCCUACUGGGGGUGUGGCUAGUGGAGAGGGUUGGCCGCAGGAAACUCACCCUGGGGAGCAUCAUUGGUACAUGUCUGAGUCUGUCUCUGCUGGCCAUUGGGUUUCUGCUGUCUGCCCAACACACCCCUCCUGUCACCCUCCACACCACUGACCCCUCAAUGGUCAACUCCACCUGCAACAGACACCUGCUGUGUGAGCCGUGUAUGCUGGACCCGGGGUGUGGCUUCUGUUACCGUGAGAACAGCACAGCUCUGUUCGCCUCCUCGUGUGUACCUGUCAAUACAGCCUCCACUGAGAAGGCAGCCUGGGGCAGGUGUUCCAACUCGACCCAGUUGAGAGUCCAUACGUACUGGGCCUAUAACUACUGUCCCACCUCCUACUCCUGGGUGGUCCUACUGGGUCUUGUUCUCUAUCUGGCCUUCUUCGCCCCAGGUUUGGGUCCAAUGCCAUGGACAAUCAACUCUGAGAUUUACCCCCUGUGGGCACGGAGCACAGGGAACGCCUGUUCAGCUGGAGUCAACUGGACGUUUAACUUCCUGGUCUCCCUCACCUUCCUCCAUGUGGCUCAGAACCUCACCUACUACGGAGUGUUUUUCCUUUACUCCAGCCUGGCUCUGCUUGGGUUCUUCUUCAUCUACGGCUGUCUGCCUGAAACAAAGAACCGGAGGCUGGAGGAGAUUGAGUCCCUGUUCGACAACCAGCUGUGCUCCUGCGGGGCCACAGACUCUGAUGAGGACCGGCAGGUGGAGUACAUCAGGGUGAAGGGGAGCAACUACCACCUCUCUGAUAACGAUGCCUCUGACGUGGAUUAGCCCUAGCCUGAGUGCCAGUCAGUUUGUGCUUUCAUGCCAACUCAUUGUCAUGCCAAAUGGCUUGAUGAUGACAGCCAUGGAGUUGGCAAGAGCACACAUAGAUCUGGUCCCAGUCUAGUUUGUAACUUUGGCCUUGGAUUUUGUCCCUGUUCUCUCAACUCAGAAAGUAUGUAUCAAGUGUUUCGGAGUAGGUGUGUUGAUUUAGGAUUAGUUUGGCCUUUUAUCAUAAUUAAUAAUAUUACAUGGACAGGAAGCUUGAUACAUACAGCCCCUGAUCUACAACCUCUCUGAGUCCUGUUCUCUGGUUUGCCUCAGUCACGUAGGUUACAUUGCUCCAUCUUUUUCACACACAGGGUAGCUAUUUAUAACACAAGUUACUUACACAUUUGAUGUUGCCAAUGUAAUGUUGUAGUUACUUCUAUAGUUUGAUAAGAAUCUUCUUUUUGAUUUAUAAACCAUAAUGUAAAUAGUAUUAAGCAUACAUUACAUUCAAAAUUAUCCUCAGCAUUUAGACAUCCAUUUUACUGUUCAUAUGUCGCAUUAUUAUGAAUUUCCAUAUAUGAGGCAGACCAACAAUUAACAAAACUAUUGCCUUUUCCCUCACAUAAAAAACCCUAUGAUUAGAGAUAAAAACCUCUUCAAAACAAAACCUUUAUUGUAGGAGUCCAAACGUCCACUAAAAUGGCCAUGAUAUUACAAGUUUUAAAAUCAGAGAGAGGGAUUGUAAUAUAGUGUUGAUACCAGUAUGCCUUUCUAUAUGAAACACAACUCAGAACAAUAUUGUCUCAGCUUGUCUGUAGCAUCACAAAUGGGGUGUCAGACACUAGUAGUACACCUGGGCUUUGCAUCCCAAACGGCACCCUAUUCCUAGUGCACUACUUUUAACCAGAGCCCUAUGGGCCUUGGUCAAAAGUAGUGCAGUAUAAAGGGAAUAGCAUGCCAUUUGGGACUUAACCUGUUCUCUGUCUAUGAUGUUCAGUCUUGCUUUGCUAUUUGUUUUAUCAUGUUGGUUGGUAAGCUACAGUAGCACAUGACCCAUCUGUUUUCUCAUUAGUAAACCUAUGGAUUAUUAUGCUAUUUAUUCUAAUAUAUUUUACCCAUGAUGUCGGUGCCUGUACUGAAGUGAAAUGUAUGAAGGAGUUGACUAUAUGGCCAGCCAGCGUGAUGAUAGCCUUUCAGAAGUUGCGUAUGUUUUUAUUGAUCGAUGUAGACUAGACUAUUCAUUGGGUUGUACCUCAGUCUCCGAGGGAAUAACCAUGCAUUGAAAUGGACAGUUUAGUCAGUUAAUGUCACACACAGUUGUUCUUUGGGAAAACAAAUGUCAGAAAGAAUGUCUUAUUUUGUCUCCAUUUUACGUUGUCUUCCUCCACAGCCUUAUGUACAAAUUGCAAUGCAUACUCUUCACGUGAAAGAGCUGGGGUUCUCGUGUUCUAAAGGGUCGAGGAGUACUGUAUUGUACUUGCUAAUGUUGUUUUAUAUAUCGUAAAACUAUGUAAGGUGACACCUUUUUAGUUGAGUACUUGAGUACACAUAGAUUUGAGUGUAGCAGACUGGUUGAAAGUGGUCAACAUAAUGUCGCUGAGAAUAUGUCUGUGUAUUAUUGUCUGUGACAAAACAAGAUAGAUAGCUACUAUUGGGAAUUCAAAUAGGAUUUUCUCCAGA